ACUGUAACAGGUAACAUCCGUAACCCUUGAGGCUGAAAGACAGUCGAGCUAUGCGGUAAUACUACUUGUCCUGUCUCUUCAUCACACACCCCUCCUUCAAGUCUAGACGUACUGCAUCCCUAUCUGGCUGCCUCAACGCUCGAUAGUCACAAACGCGAACGACCGAUUCGCACAAGCAGCUACCAAUACAGCUGACCGCGAUGUCAUACAACCAGUAUUCUGCUUCGGCAUCAGGCAUGAACAUGCCCAACAACGCGAUUGCGAACGGCCACUCUACGGCAGCGCCGUUAAGUGAUGCUCAGCGACCGAACACAGCUUCACCUGCUGCUCUACCGGGCUCAACUCCUCAAAAUCCACCUCUCAUGCGCAAGAGGAAGAAACAACAGACUAACCCGCUUGUCCCAAAUAGAAGACCAGGCCAGAAACCAAACAGACCACCACGCCCUCCACCACAGGCUAAUGGAGGAGCAAAGCCUGGAGCCUUACAGGCACGGCCAUUGCCUGCUGCUCAGCAUUCGACCACCGGUCCACCGCAAAGGCCGCUACCUCAACCAACGCAAUCUAUACCCAUAUACACGACACCUAAACAUAUGGUCGAGGGCUUGCGACACCACGUUCUGCGACUUCAUCCACCGCCAGCUCGGUCCAAAGUAGAUCUCUUCGACGAGUCGCAAUUCACGCCUCCGCUUCGCCUUCAUCGUCGUGACCCUCGCGCGCCGGCCGUUGGUGCUGGUCCGAUCGAAGAGGUCGAUGAUGGCGAAAGCAACCAGACAGAUGACAAGGAGCGGGAACGUCUCGAGAUCAUGAAGGAAGAAAGGAAGCGCAUUCGAGAGGAAAAUCAAGCUCAAAUCGCGCCCGCAGUGAAGAAGAAUAAACCGGCUGCAUUUCAAAAGAAGACAGAGCAAGUUUAUAGAAGAGAUGACACACCAGAAGCACGGAAGAAAUCAGCUCUACGAUACGAAGAGUCGCUGCCGUGGCAUCUAGAGGAUUUCGACAAUAAAAAUACAUGGGUGGGCACCUAUGAAGCUGCACUGUCGGAUCAUUAUGUCAUGCUCGUGAAGGAUCAGAAUGGCUGCCGCUUAGUUCCUGUGGAGAAGUGGUAUAGAUUCACAUCGAAGCAGAGAGGCAAGACUUGGACUGCAGACCAGGCAGAUGCUGCUUUCCAGGCAAAGGCCAAGGCACCGCGCUGGUUCGCCGCUGCGGAGGAAAAGGAUGCCGAAAAAAAGAUGAAGAUGCGCGAGCAAAAACUUACACGGAAAUUACACUUGGGUGCGUCAGAUAAUAAACGACCAAGAGGUGGUGAUGACGAGAGGGGAGAGGUCGAGGACAUUGGCGAAAUGGACUACAAUGCCGAAGAAGACUUCGCCGAUGAUGAAGAAGGUGUCAAUGGUCUUUUCGAAGGUGAAGACGAAGACACGAAAGAAACUUCGGAAAGAAUCAAGAAGGAGCAAGCUGCCGCCAACGCGUUCGAGUUGCGGGAUGAGAAAGAUGUUUGGAAGCAGGAGGAGAUACAACAGAAGGCAGCGGAGGAGCAGAGGAAACUUGAGAAGCAGAUCCGAAAGGCGCUCUUGAAGCGAGAGAAGAAUUACGAUUAUGAGCAAGACAGUGACGGCAACAAGUACUUCUCAGACUCAAGUGAAUCUCUUGAUUCCGAUGAAGAACGCAAACGCGAAGAGGAGCAAAAGAAAGAAGAGGAAAAGAAGGCGAAAGCCAAGGAGAAGGAACCCAAAGAGGCCGAGAAACCUAAACAGACCAGUUCAGGCACAUCUACUAAGGGUACUAAUACACCCUCCGGCCGUCCGAAAACAUCAGAUGUCCUCAAGAAAGCUACCAACAACCUCAAACGCCCAGGAUCUCCUAACCUCUCAGAAAUGAGUGGGAAUGAAUCCUCACGAAAGAAGUCCAAGAAGAAGCACGCCCUUUCCCAGCCCACGCAUACAAAUGCGCGACCGAUGUCUCCCGACAAUGCUCCAUCCUCAUCCGCACCAACCAAGCUUAAAUCGAAACUUCGCGGCGGCGCUGGCUCCGGGAGCGAUAGCGAUAUGACAGAAGGUGGAAGAAAGCAAAAACUAAAACUUCGACUAUCACCACCCGGCACUCCAGGGGGAAGCAGAGCUGGAAGUCCGGCUGUGGUCGGAGGCUCCACCGCAGGGAGCGCAGUCCUGAGUGCCGGCGGCACCAAUAGGAUGCAAGGUACUUCUCCUGCUUCAGGAACUGCGACUCCCACUGGCGUCAGCAGUGCAGCUACAGGUCGGCCGCCCCCUGAAGAAGUGGUUGCUGCGAUUCCACCAGAAGGCUUGACCAUGUCGCAGCUGAUGCGCAUCUUCAAGCCCCGACUUCGGACACCAGAGGACAAGGCGGAAUUCUCGAGGUCGUUGAGACCGUUUGUCAGAUUGGACAAAGACACGAAAAUGCUUUACCGCAAGGAUAUCUAAGAGAGCAGAUAUAGAGACGCUUGACGGCGCGAUGAUCAGCCUCAGUCCCACACGGACACAUGUAUACAGGCUGUAUCCUAUGGUCACCUUUCACACUACGUUUGGCAAGCUCAUUGGGUGAAGAAAGCUCAGCAGCAUAAGCAUGGUCGGACGUUUGGCUGUAUACAAAUAUUUGUACUUUUGGUGCAUGGGAUGUACUUUACACAAGGCUCCAAAUCAAAGCCCAUGAAUUUACAAAGCGUAUCCACAGGUCUUACGUAUGUAUAUGCAUGCAUCGGCGCCGAGAGUAUAGGAGUCUCGUGGAGCAGCGUAACGAGCCGCACCUAAUCGAAUGCCAGAUCUGACACUGACACUGACCUGGGAUGUUGUAGUAUAGCACCCCAACAAGGAAGAACAGACUAUGAAUAGCA